ACUGGACAUCGAUCUAUGUCAAACAAACCACCACCUAUCACUGUACUACCUUCCCCUAUAUUUACAUAAAGGACGUAUGCCCCACCAACGCUAGUAGCUACCUUCGGCUGGCCCCUCUUUGCUAAGGGAGAGUAAAAAAAUCGUAAUGAUCAUGUCCUCGCCAGCGGGCACGUCUUCAAUGCCUUCCGCCUUUCUCGCCAAUGAACUCCAGCUCGCUCUUUCGGAGCAACACUUCGGCAUUCGAUGUUUCUCCGUACUUAGUUCUCCCACGCCGUUGGUCGCCAAGGCUUCCGUGACGUUGUUGGAUGGUGAAACGUUGCUGUUGGUGCUCACCGGGAGAGGGUAUUUCAUUGAGAACGGUUCUAAGAAAGCGAGUUCUUUGAACCUGAAGGUCUUCGAGACUGUCGAAGAGCUGUUGCAAUCCGUUAGCGACAUAUACGCGGAGAAACGGAGAGAAGUCUUAUGGAAUAAACUGGAGAAGUUAGCAUAAGUUUUCCAACGCCGAUUCCCAUAAAACCAUAAUGUAUACGACCAACUAUAAUGAAUAGGUUCGAUGUGCACCACCUUCCUACUUUCAUUCCAUGUCCCUCAAUGCAUCCGCGCCAUUCAUCCAUCAGUGUGGUCGUUGCACAUUUGGUUCUAUCUCGUUCCGGUCCCGUUGAUCCAGUGUUUCUCCGUUCUCCAUUAAACAUCGGGAAUCGGGCGCUGUGCAUUGUUAGAA